CCGGAUGCGGCCGCCCGUUGCCGUGGAGCCGCCCGUUGCCGUCGGGCCGCUGCGCCAGUCGCGCUGCCGCGGCCGAGCCCCAGUGCGCGUCCCGCCGGGGGGCUCCUGCGCCCGCCGCCCGCCUCGCCCGGGCUGCUCGGCUCCGCUCACAGAUUCAUGUGCUGAAAAAGUGGAGACCUUCCACUGCCUCAGGGAUACCUGAAGAGGGACCACAGGCCACCUGUCUGGAGCUGCUGUCUUUAACUGGACGCCGUUCAAAGUCUAAUUUCUGCUUCCCAAGAUGGAAGAAGAUGCUGGCCUGUUCGCUAAGGUGGAGGCUCUGGACAGUGUCCCACUCGUGGAAACUGAAAGAGACAAGCUAGAGGAUCCAGGGUUUGAGGUGGCGUCUCCUCCUCCAGAAGCUGAGGAUGAGCCGCACGUGAGAUGCAGCCGUCCAGAGAAAGGGCACAGCGCCACCAGUGCCAACAAAAGGGAGGAGAAAACAGCCCCCCGAGACAGAAUCCAGGCGCUCCACCUGAGGAGGACCUUGGACCACCUGGAGAAGCUGCACAGAGAGAAAGACGUCUUCAUAGAGAAAACCAGGGAGGAGCUGCGUGCCUGCCGCCAGAGGGCAGGCCUUCUCACCGAACAACAAGACAGCGUGGCAGCCCGGGUGGCCACGGAGAGAGAGGCCACCAACAUGGCAGCUGUGGGCCGCCUCCAGGCCCUGUCAGGCCGCCUGCGCGUGGAGCUGGAGAAGGAGCAGUGUCUGCAGGCGCGGGCGGUGGCCACCCUCCGUGACAGCGAGAGCGCCAUGUGGCAUAUUGAGAUCCAGGAGGGGCGGCUUGAGGGCGUCCGGAAACGUGCCCAGGAGGAGGCGACAUCUGCCAGGAGGUGCUUGCAGGUGCAGGCGGCCAGGCGGCUGCACAGGGAGGAGGAGGCUUUGGUGAAGGUGGAGAGGAACCGGCUGCUGAGGGUCAGGAGAUCCAUGUACCUCCAGAAGGAGCACGGGGUCAGGCACCAGAGGCUGGUGGAAGAUGCCCAGAAGAAUCACAAGGUCGCGGUGAAGCUCCUCAAGGCCUCCUUAGGCAGGAUUCGAGAGCAGGAGAGGAAGGAGAGGAAGGAAUCGCUGGAGCACCUGAAGCGGCGCAUGGAGGCCGUGCUGGCCCUCAAGGGGAGCAUCGCCGCCAACCGGGAAACGCUGCGGAAAUUUCAAGCUUGGGGCCAGGCCAAGGCAGCACUGGCUGAGCAGAGGGCCCAGGUGGAGAAGGCGGAGAUUCUGGCCCACGGUGGGGACGCUUUCAAGCACCUUUUCCACCAACGCCGGUAUCAGGAGCUGGAAGCCCAGAACCGUGCAUUUGAGGAGGAGCAGAGGCUCCGAAAGCAGGAGAUUGUAAGUCGGAUUUUGAAGGAGGAGGCCAAGGAGGAUGCCAGGAAGAAGAAAGCAUGUCCCCCUGCCAAAGCCACAGCUCGAUUAACGCUGAGGGACAAGGCCUGGAGCUACGUGGCCCACAUCUGCGAAGGGAAGGCCACAGCAGCCAUGACCUGCUGCCCACUGCAGCUGCAGGAGAUCGACAGCCCCGCACAUCCCAGAACCUCUCGGCUCGUGGAAGCCGUAUCCAGUGAGUCAGUCCAGGGGGGCUCCGGGAACGUCACCGGCAAGAGCGGCAUGCUGGCGGAGCCGGAAAUCCCCGGGCUUUGGAGUGAAGACUGUGAUUCGUACCAGGUGCCCAAAGAGGACAUGGACCAAAAACCUGUGCGUGGGACAAAGGUGGACAAGGAUAUCCUGGCCCGCACUGUGGAGCAGCUGCCCAGCAGGAUAGUCCACAAGCAGGUGGCGUCUGGGCACUCAUUCAAGGGUCAGCCCUUCCACAGCAAACCCAAGCUCAUCCACUUCAAGGAUUUUGACAUUGGCAAAGUGUACAAGAAAAAGAUCAGGUUGGUAAACGCAACCUACAUGAUUAACUACUGCAAGCUGGUGGGUGUGGAGGAGCAUCUCAAGGACUUCGUGCACAUCGACUUUGACCCCCCUGGUCCCAUGUCAGCUGGGAUGUCCUGCGAAGUGCUUGUCACCUUCAAGCCCAUGAUAAACAAAGAUCUGGAAGGAAACGUCUCCUUUCUGGCUCAGACGGGCGGAUUUUCCAUUCCACUGAAAUGCUCAACAAAGAAGUGCUCUGUGUCCCUUGACAAGGAGCUCGUUGAUUUUGGGAGCUGUGUGGUGGGUGAGACUGCCUCCCAGGCCAUCACGCUGACAAACAUCGGCAGCUUGGGCACCAGAUUCAGGUUUCUUCGGGCGUCAGAGUCCUGUGAGGUGGACACCUCCCCGUUGGCCCUGAACACAAGCGACCUCUUCACAUACAAAGACAAAGGUUUUUAUGAUAAAAUCGUCCCCAGCUUUUCCGAGGGGCAGAAGGAUGGUGAUGAGUCCUCCCCACUGGACACCCCAAGCCCAAAGGAGUCUGGGAAACUGGGCAGCAAGGAGCCGGAAGUGGGUCCUGUAGAAUCAGAGGGCAUGACCGUGCCCACCAUCACGGCCUUACCUGUCGGUGAGGACCAGGCGGAGAUCUCGUUGGGAGAGGUGACAGAGGGUGACAUCAGCCCCUUCAGCUCCAUCAGAGUGCCCAUAAUCUUCACCCCCGUCAUCCCAGGAGCAGUGCACACCAGGUUCAAGGUCAUGUUCAAGAAUCAGCAGUGCCCAACACUGUGUUUCAGAGCCGUGGGCGUGGCCAUGGACGUGCCGGUCUGGGUCCCGAAGCCUCAGGUGGACCUGAAGAUAUGCAUGUACGACCGGCUGUACCAGGACUCCGUCCUCGUCCGUACGCGGUCGAAAGCCACCCUGCGCCUCACGUUCGAAGUGUGCAAGGAGCUGAGGGCCCACAUAGAGCUGCUGCCUGAGACCGGCUACAUCCAGGCCCUGUCAUCCUACUCAGUGCAGCUCAAGUUCCUGCCACGACACUCCCUUCCAGAGGAUGCGGGGAAGUAUUUCGACAAGGAAACCAGGGUUCUGGAGGCCCCAGUGACAAUACAGGUGUCUGACCAGAUCAAACCCGUGGGGUUUACCGUCCAUGCCAUAGUCACCACCUCAGACCUGGAGCUCAAACCCCCAGAGGUGGACUUUGGCUACUGUACCAUCUACGAGGCCAUCAGGACUCAAGUCAGCCUGUGCAACCACUCCCUCCUGCCCCAGGAGUUUGGUUUCGUCGGGCUCCCCAAGUUUGUGGACAUCCAGCCCAACGACGGGUUUGGGACGAUCCUGCCGCUGGAAACCCUGCACCUGGACGUGACCUUCCAGCCCUCCGAGGCCAAGGAGUACGACUUUGAGCUCCUCUGCAAAUCGGAGAUCAGCCGGUGCUUCAGGCUGACGUGCCGAGCUGUGGGGGUCCACCCGCCCCUCGACCUGUCCCACCACCAGAUCAAGUUUGCAGCCACCUCCUUGUACGGCACGUCCGUGGCCACUCUGUACGUCAUCAACUCGCACCUGAGCACGAGCCCCCUGACUCACUCCGUGCCCCGCAUCGGCUCAGAGGAUGCCUCCCCUGUGGGGCCCACCACUUUCGAGUUCCUGCUGCCCCCAGACUCGCCCAUCACCAUCUCUCCCUCCGUGGGGACCGUGCUGCCAGGAAAGAAGUGCCUGGUCCAGGUGGCCUUCCAGCCUGGGCUGUCCAGCAAGCUGGUCCGCAAGGAGGCCUUCCAGGCUCUGGCCAAAGAACUUGAGGCCCGCAAAGACACAGCCACCCCGAGGAAGGACCUGCAGAGACCGUCCUUUUCGAGGCUACAACUCCAGGACAGAGGCCAGCUGGUCCAGGCCUCCCCCCGGCAGCCCCUGGAGCUGCAGAAGCCUGACGUCAACUCCAGCUCCGACGAGUACCUGGCCGCACAGGCCGCCCUGGCCAGGUCUUUCCAGGGGAAGUUUGACAAGUUUGUGGUCCCCUGUGUCCUUGCCAGUGGUGACAUCAAAGACAGGAAGGGGAUGGAGCCACUGAGCUUCAGCCCCCACAACACCCUGUUCCUAGAGCUGUGGUGUCCGGCAGUGGCACCAGCCAUCGUGGUGACAUCUGACAAAGGCAAGACCAUUUCCAACUUCGGUGACAUUGCUGUAGGACACCGCUGCAUAAAGAAGGUCUCCAUCCAGAACAUCUCCUCUGAGGAUCUCGCCGUGGACUUCUCCGUGCUGAACCCCAGUGGCCCCUUUGUCCUGCUGAACCCCAUCAGAGAGCUGCCUGCGGGCGAGACCCGGGUCCUGGCGCUCUCCUUCUCUCCCCAGGAGAGCGUCCUGGCCCAAGAAAUGCUGGACAUCAUCACCAGGCGAGGCACACUCUCCCUGACCCUCAUGGGCACCGGUGUGGCAUCCACGAUCACAUGCUCCAUUGAAGGGGGCGUCCUCAACAUGGGCUAUGUGAUUGCCAGAGAGUCGGUCUCCUCAGGCUUCCAGCUGCAGAACAACUCCCCGUUGCCCAUCAAGUUCUCCAUGCGGCUGGACAGCCUCUCCAACGGCAGGACUGAAGGCCGGCAGCAGGUGCCACAGUUCCUGGCCUCACGGGACCAGAGGACGGACAUCGUGGGCACACAGAACCUCAGUGGCCAGAGUGUGUUCAGCGUGGUCCCGGUUGAGGGCAUCCUGGAGCCUAGCAGGGCGCAGGACUUCACAGUGACCUUCAGCCCAGAUCAUGAGAGCCUGUACUUCUCCGACCAGCUGCAGGUCACGCUCUUUGACAAGAUGCUGUCCCACCAGAUCCUCCUGAAGGGCGCUGCCCGUGAGCACAUGAUGUUUGUGGAGGGUGGAGACCCCCUGGACGUACCUGUGGAGUCCCUGACCAUGACCCCCACCUUGGCCCUGGAGCGCAGGGAAGAAGCCGAGGAGCUGAAGCCCAUCCUGGUGACCCUGAAUUAUGUUCAGCUAGACACGGACACGCCAGCCCCACCUGCCACCCGAGAGCUGCAGGUGGGCUGCAUCCGAACCACCCAGCUGACCCCAAAGAAGAGCAUCGAGUUCAGCCUGGACAGCAUCGCCUCCCUGCAGCACAAGGGCUUCACCAUCGAGCCCUCCAGAGGCGCUGUAGAGCGCGGCCAGACCAAGACCAUCAGCAUCUCCUGGGUGCCGCCUGCCUACUUUGAUCCAGACCACCCACUCACCGCGUCAGCCCUGCUGCAGCUCAGGGGGGAUGUGAAGGAGACCUACAAGGUCCUUCUUGUAGCCCAGGUGGUGACCAGCCCCUGACAUGACGGAAGUCUCUCCCCAGAGACCCUUCAGGCCCUCCUGCUCACCCCUGAAGCCCUCCCCUGGCCCCCAGGUUUGAUGGGCAGCCCUUUGCAUGGCCCAUGGCCAGGGUACCCCUGCCCCUGCCCCUAACCCAGUGAGCCAGGAGCCAAGAGCACCCCCUCCCCUGGCCCCCACACUCCGGACCAGCGAUGAGGCCAGUCCUGCCCACAACCUGCUCCUGGCCUGAGCCCCUCCAGGCCCCAGGCUCACCAGCAUCUCUUCAGCUUUUAGAGGCCCUGGUGGAAGGGAGAGCUGCCCCCGCAGGUCUGUCAAUAAACCCCCUGCGUACCUGC